AUGAUGAUUAUUUGCUGCCUGACAAGAGUCCGCUGCCAAUCAUUACAAACACUUAUUAUCAAAGCUGAUGCUAUAAAAUUUACAUCUAAAUUACGUGUGUACAGUUUAAAUAAUAAUUCAAUGGAUAGUUCAACUGAAUAUGGCAUACCUGAAUCUAAUAAAUAUCGUCAACAUUUAACAAAAGGUGAAUAUUUACCAACUGGUUCAAAUCGUAAAAUAAAAUUAUUACUUCAACGUUCACUUCGUUAUUCAUAUCGAAAACGAUGUUGUAAAUGUUGUCCAACAAUACUUUGUGAACUAUUAUUUCCUAUUAUCUUAAUAGCAUUAUUAGCUUUAAUCCAUUAUAGAGCAAAUGCAUUUUUAAAAGAAAUGAAUGUAAAUUCUGAGCCAGUACUAAGAGGUUUGAAUCAUCGUACAUGUUCACAAAAUAUAAAUUCUACAACAACUUUAUCAAAUGAUUUAUUAAAGAAAUGUUUUAAAUUUCCAUCAAGUUAUUCAGGACGUGGAUGGAUUUCAUUUGAAUCCGAAACAAUUUUCAAUAAAAUAAAUCUUGUUUUGUCAUCCUAUGGCAAAUGA